AUGGCUCUACUGCACGGCUCCACUGCACGGCCCCACUGCACGGCCCCACUGCACGGCCCCACUGCACGGCCCCACUGCACGGCUCCACUGCACGGCUCCACUGCACGGCUCCACUGCACGGCUCCACUGCACGGCUCCACUGCACGGCUCCACUGCACGGCUCCACUGCACGGCUCCACUGCACGGCUCCACUGCACGGCUCCACUGCACGGCCCCUCUGCACAGCGCUCGGUCAACCUUUUGUUCCCCGCUGGUGCUGGGGGGUCUGGUGUCAGUCUAAUCCAGUGUCCACGGUCCACACGCGCACCGUCGUCCGUGAAGCGCACUGCUGGAGCUGGUCUCCAAGCCUCGCUGUCCCCUUCUGGGUUACAACCUAAGGCCUUUUUGUUUUGUCUUGGAUCAUUCUAUUUUGACACAAAGGGCGACCCGUAUAUUCUAGAAGCUGCAGGCGGCGGUGGAAGAUCCAGGGCAGGACGUUCGGAGGUCGGGCUGAGUCAGGAGAACAGAUCCGGCAGCGCGGAGGAUCCAGAGGCCGAGAGCGUGUCUGUGAAAGAGCGUAUGGCCAUGUAUCAAGCUGCUCUGUCCAAGAAGGAACCCUCAUCUGCCAUGAUGGAUGAAUCAGAGGCCUGCUCGCUGCCCGGUGGCCUUGCCAGUGUAAAGAAACAGUUCGAGAGUCAAGAGUUCUCUUCCUCCACUCAGUCCACGGUCACACAUGUACAGUACCAGCAAAGAUCAGUCCAGGAAAUGUCAAGCUCCUCAGAGGUGACAGUGAGAAGCGGUGCCAGAGAAGUUGUGCCCACUACAACCAUUUUUCACAACCAACAAGAGGUCCUUCAUGAUCAAAGAGUGACUACCGGCUAUGGAAAUAAUUUCAAUGAAACGGUUACAGUCGUUGGCGGGGAGGACCUACCAAAGGUUUCCACGCAGGCUUUGAAGCAGCAGUAUGAGAAAACUAUUGAAGAGGCUGCGCCGGCCAAGGAAAUCAAGGUUGACAUGGAUAUAAACCAGUUUCAGUGGGUUCCAUCUAAACAGUCAUCUGAAGCUGCUCUUAUGAGCAGCUGUGAGUCGUCUUCCACUGUCAGAACUUCAUCUGCAACAUUUCAAGGGGAAAACAGCUUUCCCCCGCCUCCCCCUCCAAACCUAAUGCAGGUUUCAGUGGAAUCUAGCAAACAAACCUCACAAAAUAAAGCUAAUAAAGAGCAGUACUUUAAACAGAAGAGCAUGGCUGAACUGAAGCGGCUUUACAAGCACAUUAACCCGGAUGUCCGGAAGAACCUGGAAGUUGACUUCCUGAGCCAGCUCAGCGAGGCGGAACGGCAGCAUUUGGAGAGUGGAGGUGUAGCCGGGGAUGUCCAGCAGGCCUGCUAUAAAUUUGAAUAUGAGGGGAACAGUGAAGGAGAGUCUGGGGAGAUGCUGCAGAUCACUACCAUUCGCCGGGAGGAGACAGAAAAGGGAGACGUCAAGACCUCACGCUGGAUGUUUGAGACACAGCCUAUUGAUAUGAUCAACAAGGACCCUGCAAAGCCCCUUGACAAAAUCAAAGAGAGUGACAGCGUCGGGCCUUCUGUUGCCAAGGAGGAGAUUCCACAGGCAGACGUGAAGACAACAACAUGGCUAUUUGAAUCCACCCCUUUCCACCACUUCAAUGAAAGCUGUGUUCAAGAGAAGGAAAUUAUGGGCAAAAGUGUGAAAGACACUCUUCAAGAGUUGUAUAGCCAGAAAAUGGUCGAAUCACAAGGUAUUCUGAUCGAGGCUGAUGAGAUUGGUGAUGUGAGAAUGGCCAAGUACAAACUGCUGAAUCAGGACACCCCGGAAAUUCAGAAAGAAGAGGUUAUUCAUGGAGACUUGAACAAUAUUAUGAUGAACCUCCUGAACCGCAGGGAUAUUACUGAGAGGGCUAUAACUAUUGACAAGGAGGAGCGAGGGGACAUCAACACCACUGUCAGACAGUUAUUCAAACAGGAAAAAGGAACUGAUGUAGAGAAGGAGGAGAUAGUACGUGGUGACAUUCAAGAGGCAAUAAACAACUUGCUCAAAAAUGAGGGCUCAUCCAAGCGAGGAAUUCUUAUUCAAGAGGAUGAGAAAGGAGAUGUGAAGAUGACUAUCUAUUCUCUGUUAAACAAAGAGAGCGCUAACAUUGAGAAAGAAGACAUUAUUCAAGGCGACCUCAACGCAGCUUUGGAUUCUCUAACUCAGGCCAUCAAUCAGAAAGUUGUAAUAGAGAAGGAGGAGGUGGUUAAAGGAGACAUCCCUACCACGCUGAGAUCUUUAGUUGAAGCCCAGCAUCAAUCCAAAGAACUGGAAAAGCCAGAAAUUGUCAAGGGAGACAUCAAAAGUGCUCUGGAGUCACUGGAAAAAUCAGCUGCUGUUAAAACAGAAGCAACAGUUGACGACUUAGUGGCAGGGGACAUUAAAGGAACUCUGCGAUCCCUGGAGGAGGCGACUCAAGUUGUGAGAGAAGUGGAAAAAGCAGAGAUUGUGAAAGGAGACAUCCUCACUGCCAUGCAAAGUCUACACGAGACCACGAGUGAAAAGAAAAUGUAUCAGCACCAAACAAUCACGCAAGUGCAAACAUCCGUCACAGAGAAGAGAGAAGUCUCUCACAGUCAGAAAGUGACAGAGAAAAUGUCAGCAACGUCACAAAAGAAAACAGAGGAGAGGUCUCUGACACAAAAGCAGGAAAAGAACAUCAAAAACAUGAAAAGUGAUUACCAUGUCAACGUCAAAGGGAAAGGUUUGAUCAAGCCAAAACCAGAGAUCCGCUUUCCCCCUCCUCCUGCAUCCCCUCCUCCUCCUUCAGAGUCGGAUCUGUCCCUACCCCCACCACCUUCGCCAGUGUUGGACAGCCCUGUAUCGCCCACAUCGAUGCGUGGCAUGGCGAGACGGGACAGUGACCUACCACCACCCCCUCCUCCACCUCCGCCAGCCGAAUGCAACAAGUUGGAAGCUGAAUUUUUCCCUCCUCCACCCCCACCGCCUCCUGUGUCUGCUGUCUCUGGACCUGACUUUCUUCCUCCUCCACCCUCACAGCAAGAGCUCAAUGCAAUUCCCCAGCCUCCGAUUGCAAAGUUCGGAAAACCCACUGGCAAGCCCUUAUUUAAAGUUCCCAAACCGGCAGACGAGCCAAAGCCUGUACAAGUUAAACCAACAUGGAAGAAGAAACAAGAAAUCCGCCCCCCUCCUCCCCCUUUGACGCAGCUGCCUCCAGAUCAAGAAAUAUCAGUGGAGCGUACAGAAGAAACAACAGUGCAGGAGGCACAGAAGAUAGAAACAAAACAGAAGAUUGAAGCAAAAAAGGAUAUUCACAUCCGCACACCAUCUCCAACCUUCAUCAGUAUUGAAUCAAGAAAAACAGACUCCCCCUUCAGAGUGACCCCCUCUCCUCCUCCAUACAAAUCUGUUGGGACUCCACCACCCCCACCCCGCAAGACCUACACACCCACAUUCGCCAGAGCCUCUCCUUCUCCCACUUUAAGCCGUUCUGAGAAGUUGAUGAAACUUAGAGACACCACCUCUAAACUGUCCCGCGGAAUCACCCCCCCGCCUCCAAUGCCUGUACUUGACUGUGUUAUGAUGGAAAGAGAGCGUUCCUCGUCCUGUAGUGACAGAGACACCCCCACAAGGAGUGAGCACGGACUAGUCGACACGACAGAGAUGGUGGACUCCAUGAUGACUGUUAGAGACAAGAAAAGUUUUUUUGAGGAAGCGCAAAAGGCGGAAGUAAGUAGGGAAUAUGUAAGAAAGGAUCCUAUAGAUAUCCCUGAACGCCUGGGACCCGAUACAGAGGAGGGCGGUGUUUCUGUGCCUAUUGAGAUUUUAAAAGAUGAUCUCCCCAGAGUUGACCUGUCCAAACUUGUGAAUCGAUUUGAAUCUCCUAAACUAAAAAGAUACACCAGAAAGGAGCCCAUUGUCAUAACAGAGAGACUUGGUGUGGAUCCAGAUGAAGUAGAAACUGAGGUGCACACUCCUAAAACAGAGGAAAUCCCCAGCUUUUGUGUUAAAGCUAUAAAAGAUGUGUUUGAAACCGGGGAGCUCAGUUCACAGGCUGCAAGAGAAAUCCGUGAGCAGAUUGAGAGACGCGAAUCUGAGCCAGCCGGCCACUCUGCUGCCACAUCUGUCUCCGAGCAGUUCUGCAGCGUUGACGGCUUCGGGAACUUGACGAGAGGUGCGACCGAGAUGCGUAGCGAGAUGCGUAGCGAGAGCUCGGUGACCCGUGGGAGCCCGCCCUCGUACGCUGACGUGGUGAGAGGCAAAGUGGAGGGUUUGCCCCAAGACGCCUCCACGGAAGAAUUGCUGAGGAACUUCCAGCAGUCAUGGGCCCAGAGCCAGGGAGUUUUACAGAAUCUUAACUUCAGCGUCACCGAGCAGAGGAGUUCCCAGAUUGUGACACAUCAUCAGCAGGAGACAGUAGUGACGGAAAAUUCGAGUUCCAGAGUCCGAGCUAUGCAGGGCAUGUCGGAAGAGAGUGGCACUCUAAGCCUAGCUAGUGCCAAAAACUCUGAAGCCACAGAAUGCUUUUCACACACAAAUUUCUACGGGGAGAGCGACCAGGGAGCGUUCUUUUUCCAGAAUGAGGCCACAGAGCCAAAGAUUAGCUCAUCCAGCAGCUUCCUUGAGGACAUUUUCGGCGGCCUCAGUACAAGCAGCUCUGGCACGGUAUCUGAUGCAAAGCCCGACAUCAGUGAAUCUGCUGCUGAGAAGCCUACUGUGUCAGCACUGGACGACCUUCUGGACUUCGGGAUGGAUCUAAGAGCGAGCUCAGAUAAAGAGCAGACCGCAAGGGGUAGAGAUGACAGCUCAGUCCCAAGCCACAACCCCUUCUCUCUGUGGGCUGAUGACGAUAGCCUGACGGUGGAGGAGCAGAUCAAGAGAAACAGAUACUAUGACGACGACGAUGAAAACUCAUAA